AGUGUAAAUGAUUUCUGCAACCAAUGAAACCAGUUUUGUUUUUGUUAAAUCUCAAUUCCCAAUUCAGAACGAUUCAGAAUUUGAGCAAUUAGUUGCAAUAAUUAGUGGUAAAAAAAUUUAGUUUAUUAUUUUAAGGUACAUGUAAAUACUGGUAAAUUUUAAAAGAGUUUAUAUACCUGUAAAUGUUGGUAAAUUUGAGGUAAAUCAUAGAAUAAGUGAGGUAAAUAGUACAAAAAAGUUAUAAACAUGGCAAGAAAUAGUUUUAAGAUUUUUCCUGGAGCAUUGGUUUGCGAAGAAUCAAAAUUGAGAGGCGAUAUAACUGUAGGUGCAGGCACUAUUAUUCAUCCUAGUGCAAGUAUCAUAGCUGAAGCAGGUCCAAUUAUUAUUGGGGAAAAUUGUUUAAUUGAAGAGCAAGCUAAAAUCAUUCAUAGAUUACCAUUUGAUCAACAAAACAAAGACAAUACUCCAGUUCUUAUAAUUGGUUCCCAUAAUGUUUUUGAAGUUGAUUGUACCAUUGAAGCUCCCAAGAUUGGAAACAACAAUGUAUUUGAAUCAAAAUGUUUUGUUGGUAACAAAGUAACUGUUUCCAAUGGAUGCACUAUUGGUGCUGGAUGCAGAAUAACUGAUGAACAAAUACUAAAAGAGAAUAUUUCUAUAUUUGGAUCUAAAUGUCAAAUACGGGAAAGCAUUGAUAAACCUGUGCCCCAAAUUUUACAAAUGGAGACAUUAAUGAAAAUUUUGCCCAACUACCAUCACAUAAGAAAACCAAAUAAAAAACAUUAAAGAUGUUUUGUUUUACUUAUUUAUUUAUGUUACAUAUGUAUAAGUUAAUUACUCAGUAUAAAAUUCUUCUAAUAUUAAUAUAUGUUGUAAUUAAGACAUAAUUAUUUUAUAUUGCUAAUAUACAAAUUAAUAA